CUCCGAACUCGAUCUGCGCCUACCACCUUCCGGUGGGUCAAGGGCCACGACCGUGUCCGUGGCAACGAAGAGGCGGACCGGCUGGCUGGCGAGGCGGCCAACCUCCCUCGGCCCUUUCGGCCGAUGACACUGCCCGCGCCUGAGCGCUACACUGUGCGUGGCGCGUCUUUGCUCUAUCUAACACAGAAGCUGGCGUACAAAGGUAUUCAAGAAUGGAACGAGAAGCCCGCCCGCCGUGCGACGGCGCGCAACGUGGCUGCAGCCCAGACUGCCCUCAGUGAGUGGAGCGGGGAGCGGCCCACGGAGUCCUCAAUAUGGCUACUACUCCGAAAGGACCCGGUGUCGCGUAAAAUACGGGACUUCAUCUGGAAAGCGCUGCAUGGCGGCCACCGCGUAGGUAAGUUCUGGUCCCAUAUACCGGGAUACGAAGCCCGUGCGACUUGUAGCACGUGCGGCGCCCUGGACACCAUGGAGCAUAUCCUCUGUGAGUGCACUGCGGAAGGCCAACGUACGGCAUGGGCCCUGGCG